CCGCUGCGUCCAGCGGGGCGCCCACCGCGCAGAGGCUGCAGGCGGCGUGAGCUGAAAGCGGGUGCCGCGAAAGUGAAGUUCUUGAGCUCCCUGUCAACCUCRAAUUUCUGAACCCCACUUCUUUCCAAAGGACUUAAUUGAAAUAGAGAGAAAAAAAUGUUAGAACCGCAAGAGAAUGGCUUAGUUGACCUGCCAGAUUAUGAACAUGUAGAAGAUGAAACUUUUCCUCCUUUCCCACCUCCAGCAUCUCCGCAGAGAGAUGGUGAAGGAGCUGAACCUGAUGAAGGUCUGUAUAGAGAUUUUAUUGACAGAGUUGAAUAUCUGGGAAAUAAAAAGGAAGUGCAGACCUGUUUAAAACGAAUUCGACUUGAUCUCCCUAUUUUACAUGAAGAUUUUGUUAGCAAUGAUGAUGAAGUGGGGGAAAGCAAAGGCCUUGAUGUAACUGCUGCCGAGUUAGAUCCCUUUUUGACAGACUCAUCUGAAAGUGAGAAGUUUGCUUCUGAGUCAAGUAGAAACCUAACAGAAGAGCAACAACAAAGAAUUGAGAGAAAUAAACAACUGGCCUUGGAAAGAAGGCAGGCAAAGCUACUGAGUAAUAGUCAGUCCCUAGGAAAUGGUAAAUAG